UCCGAUCGCGUGCCAGGAAGGCGUGUGCAGCUAGAAACCCCCGAGUCACCACCGACCUUGACCGGACCUGCGGGGCUGCCACGCGCGAGGUGGGCGUGCGGGCGUGCGGCGGCGACACAGCCCGCCAUGGAGAACUCGGUGGUCCCCUGCGUCCUCUACCCGGGGGACGACCGCCCGGGCGCGGCCGGGGGGGCGGGCGCUGCGUCCCCGGCGCAGACACCCUGCAGCCUCAGCGCGUCCCUGUGCUUCAGCUCCGGGGACGAGGCCCCGCCGCGGUCUCGCGCCUCCGCGGCGGAGGACGCCGCGACCUCCCCGCCCCCGUGUCGCCGCGGCCAGCGGGUGGUGGACCGGCAGUGGGAGGCCAGCAGCGCGGGCGCCGGGUCCCCGGAAGAGUCCCUGUCCCCGGAGGAGCGCGCGUUCCCGGAAGAGCCCGCGUCCCCGGAGGAGCGCGCGUGUCCUCAGGAGCCCGCCUCUCCCGCGGAGCCCGAGUGCCCGGAGGACCCCGGGGAGCCCGCGCCCGUGCCGCCUGGGGCAGCGGCCGCCUACGGAGAGCCGGACCUGGUCAUCGAGGUGUCCGGCCGCCGGCUCCGCGCGCACAAGGCGGUGCUGGCGGCGCGCAGCGACUUCUUCCGCGCGCGCGCGUCGCGGGACGUGCUGCGGGUGCAGGGCGUGAGCCUGGCGGCGCUGCGGCUGCUGCUGGCCGACGCGUACAGCGGGCGCAUGGCGGGCGUGCGGCCCGACAACGUGGCCGAGGUGGUGGCCGGCGCGCGCCGCCUGCAGCUGCCGGGCGCCGCGCAGCGCGCCACCGACGCCGUGGGCCCGCAGCUGAGCCUGGCCAACUGCUACGAGGUGCUGAGCGUGGCCAAGCGGCAGCGGCUGUCGGAGCUGCGCGACGCCGCCUACCGCUUCAUGGGCGACCACUACCUGGAGGUGCUGCGCGAGCCCGCCGUGUUCGGGCGCCUGUCGGGGGCCGAGCGCGACCUGCUGCUGCGCCGCCGCCUGCGCUCCGGCCGCGCCCACCUGCUGGCCGCGGCGCUCGGGCCGGCGGGGGAGCGCGCGGGCAGCCGGCCGCAGAGCCCCUCGGGGGACACGGACGCGCGCGGCGACGCGGCCAUCUACUGCUACCACGCGGAGGCCGGCGAGUGGCGCGAGCUGACGCGGCUGCCCGAGGGCGCGCCGGCGCGGGGCUGCAGCCUGUGCGUGCUCUACAACUACCUCUUCGUGGCGGGCGGAGUGGCGCCCGCGGGCCCCGACGGCCGCGCGCGCCCGUCCGACCAGGUCUUCUGCUACAACCCGGCCACCGACCGCUGGAGCACCGUGCGGCCGCUGCGCCAGGCGCGCUCGCAGCUGCAGCUGCUGGCCCUGGACGGACACCUGUACGCCGUAGGCGGCGAGUGCCUGCUCAGCGUGGAGCGCUACGACCCGCGCGCAGACCGCUGGGCCACGGUGGCGCCGCUGCCCCGGGGCGCCUUCGCAGUGGCCCACGAGGCCACCACGUGUAACGGGGAGAUCUAUGUGUCCGGGGGCUCGCUCUUCUACCGCCUGCUCAAGUACGACCCCCGGCGCGACGAGUGGCAGGAGUGCCCGUGCAGCAGCAGCCGCGAGCGCUCGGCCGACAUGGUGGCGCUCGACGGCUUCAUCUACCGCUUCGACCUGUGCGGGGGCCGCGGCGACGCCCAGGCGGCGGCCGGGCCUGGCGGGGGCGUCCGAGUCUCGCGCUACCACUGCCUGGCCAAGCAGUGGAGCCAAUGCGCCUCGCUCCUGCGGCCGCCGGGCAGCCCCGCGGGCCUGCAGCCCUUCCGCUGCGCCGCCCUGGACGGCACCAUCUACUGCGUGAGCCGCUCGGGCACCUGGCGCUUCGUGCCCUCCCAGGACGGAGAGCCCGGCGGCGACGCGGGCCUGGGCGGCAGCUUCCAGCCUGAGGCCCCCGGGACCCCCGUGGACGCCCGAGCCUCGCUCUUCCCGUUCGUGCUCAACCUGCCCGAGAAGCCGGACAGAACGGAGCAGGGCGCCGUGUAGGCCGGGCCGGGGUCAGCUGGGCAUCUCCCUCGGGCAGCUCUGGGGUCCAAGGAGCCGCCCCAUGGGCUGAGGUUCCCGUGGGAAGGGGAGGGCGACGGGGGCGGAGGAGAGGAGGGAGAGGCGUGGGGUGGGCCGCUGGCCAGGGUGGAUCGCUUAACAGCUUUGGAGGUAGCCCUGGGGGCACUGUCGCCUCCCUAUUCUGCGUUCCUUUUUGCUUAUUUUGCUUAAUGGGGUCGGUAGUGUAAGAGGGAGGGUGUGUGCCAGCAGAUGACCUUACAGACGAGACAGCGGACAGGGGUACCCGAGGGAGACUGGAAUGCAAUCAGAAGACUAGGCCUGAGGGCGCAUGGGCGGGUCCCGGGUGACCCUAGGUGCGCUCGCUCCGGGACACCCCGCUCCCGAGGGGGGACAGGAGGACUGACUUAGAAAGCCACGCGGGUCCCGGGGCCACCGCGCCAUUCUUGGGACCCGAGAAGUAGGCCAGCGCCAACUAUUAGUGGAGCCACCGGGAGGUCACUCUUCUUAUUCUUUGCCUUGAGGUUUAAAAUUAUAACUGAUAAGUAAAGCUCUUUCUAAUUUAGUUUAAAAGCUCAUGCUACUGUGUACUCGUUUUGGUUGGCUUAACUCCAAAAAGAGUAAUUUAAUAAACAGAGGUAAAAUCUUUGAUUACCAGUGAGAGCUCCUGUCCAGUAAACAUUGGAAGUUAUUCCCUGUUAGGUACCACAGACUCCCCAAGGCUCACGGCCCCAGGGGCAGUCGCGCCUCACCCUGUGAGAUGGAUUUCAUGUUUCACUUUAAGGGUUGUUAACUUUGGUCAGUGAUACAGUCACGACUUACUAUCUCUGGUGACUACAUGUUACCAAAUAGCACGUCAUAAAUAGGAAACACUGACAAGGGUGCUUGUCUACCUUAAAAGGAAUCUUUGACAGCCGGCCGUAUACACUCAACCACUUUCAUAGUUUAGAGUGAGAUGAAAGGAAAUAUUCCUUUAUAAAAAAAAGGCUAAAAUCAUUUAUUUUUGGCAAUUCUAAAAACAGGUGCAGGCACAUUUUGAACCUCCUAUUUAUGAUGUUUUGAAUAUGUAUUAUGUAACUGUGAUGAGGGAGAUUAACUUUUACAGCCCAGAGAACAUGGCCCAGUGACAAAGGGCAUGUUCAAAGAACAUAACAGGGAAGUAACAUGCAUUUUUAUUGCAGUUCAGCAAAUGAACCACAUUUAGUUGUGAAUUCUAAUAUGCCCCAAUAGAAUUAACGAGAGACUCACUGCUUUGAGGGGCUGCAAGGAUUACAAACAAACCAGUUGAUCUUUCCUCAUUUAAUAGAAUAUUGGACUUUUCCAAUAUGUGCAGAAGGGACUUACUGCUUAUCAAGAGUUGAAGGAUGAAAUACUUGCUCACAAAGAGAGGCAAACCGGUUUGGAUUCAAAAUCCAAUCCAUUUUCACAUAACAGGAGAAGUACACGUUGAAAGUUACUGGAAUAUAAUUAGAAGAAAUCACGAAUACCUUAAUAUUGUUUUCUUAUUAACCCAGUGAUAGGAAUUCCCAUCACUGUGGAAAUGAGUGGGUAAUUGAAAAAUAGGUUAUGCUUUUUAAAGAGUCUGUGGUUGUGAAAGGUUUCAGUUAAGUGUAUUUAGAAACGAUCAGCUUGAAUCUCAUGCAUGACCCAGGAGUGGAACUUGUGCUUUCAGUCAGAGCAUAUUCUGACUGAAUAUGCUUGUUCACAGUUACUCAUGCACCCAGCGACUUGGCAACUUGGUGAGUUGUCUUAGGAAAGAAAAACAGACUUCAUAUUGCCUGACUUCCUUGGUCUUUUAUAGGAGAAAUGGUAGUAGAAAAAGUGGUUAUAGCCAAAGGAGACAAAUAAUGUAAUGUUCCUUUAAGAAAUGUACAUUUCAUACUGUAGUACAUUUUCUCUAGAAUUUUAAUAUUAAUGCUAAAGUUUUUAUAUGAAAUGGGACCAGGCUAAUACUUUCAUCCCAGGCUAAUACUUUCAUCCCUUAAGUAUCAAAUUCAUAAAGUACCAUCACUGUGAUUUUACUUGCGAGAUCAUUUCUGUGAUGUUUUCUGUAUAAACAUACAACAUUGACAUGGGGCCUCCAGAGCGGAAUUGUCCACUUCAGAAGACAUGGGAAGUGGUGGAUGUCAGACGUGGGCAGCCGCACAGUAACACGCCUGUGCAUGUUAUUCUAGCAUCUCGCUUAGUGAAGAAAUGCCUGCGCUGCACCUGGCAUCCUUGCCAGGGCUACCUGGCACCAGGUACUUCCCAUCAUAUUGUCAUAAUGAAAUAUACAAAGAAACCUGAAGAAUAAGGAAAAGGAAUUACCACCAACCAUUAGUGGAUGUCUAGCCAACCCAUUCUGAAAACAUAUAGCAUAUUGUAUAUCAUAUUUCUAAAUAGCAAUAUCACACAAAAGCAGAUACUAGAGGACCUGACAUGUCCCGAGCACCAGUUUUUGCUUUCUGGGGCCGGUACCUGGGGUGUGGAAACACACUGAUUGGAUCCAUUACACACACACAGAAGAGCCACCCCCUGCAAGGUCUCUGUUUUGGGGACUGCUGGGGGUCACCAGUCACUGCGGAGACUCGCCUCUGGAAGUCUGAGGCUGCAGUGUAGCGUCUUUCCAUGUUCGGUGUGGUGUUCUGAGUCUGCAUCCAACAUCGUUUAGGAAAACGGUUGCUGAAAAAUAUUCCUGAUUAUCAAUCAGUUAAGAGCCACAGGAGGCUGGUGCCUUUACAACAGCCAUCUAUAAUUUUCAUAAAAUUAACCCAUGCAUGCUGACGUUUCCAGAUAUUUCAAAGAAGAGUGGUGUUUUAUGGGGAAAAUGUGGUAUGCAUGAAAAGCCUGCUUUCGUUAGCUGACAAGCAGUGACUUUUACAUUGUCAAUCAAGGUUCAUUUGGAACCCAAAGGAAUGAGCUUCAGACUGUGUCAUGUUCUCUCUGUUUUUAUUCUUUGUCUUGGAAACAACCCUAA